AUGAAAGGACUUAGGGACAUGGAAAAACUGCAGUGUUACACAUUGAGAUUUGAGACAUUCUACUUUGCUUUCAAUCUAGCUUCUUUUUCAAUGCUUCAUAGUAACCAGGUUCGGCAGUCCGGCUUAAGGCAUGUGCUGAAGCUAUCCGGUGGACCAGGUUGCAGUAGCACUCUUGAUUUGUUCAUGGAGAACAAGCCGGUUCAUGACGCUGGGCACAUGGUUCCCAUGGAUCAGCCAAAAGCGCCUUUGGAAAUGCUUCAAAAUUGGAUGCAAGGAAAGCUCGCUCCGACUAGUCCAACAAUUGGUCAAUAA